GCACAAAAUUACUUGUGUAAUAAAAUAUCAUUUCAUUUGAUUCUAAUGAUUUUGCAAAAAAACUACGAAAACUUUCAUUGUUCAUUACAUUUUUUAACCUGAUCUGCUACUGAAAAAGCUUUAGGCUUGUGAUACUGCUAUUGUUACAACCUUCCAUCACUAUACAGGAUGAACUUACACAGUAGUUCAUCGAAACAUGACGAACUUCGUGAACACAUUUUUGAUUACUCCAAUUACUCUUCUACAGAAGAUGAGAACUCUAACUGGAAGCGUUCAACUAGUGAUGCAAGCUUUUUUCUUGACGGGCAGCUUCCGAUCGACGAGUGCGACACAUCUGGAAAUGUUUCAGAACAAGCACGAGUUUAUUGGGACUUACCAGAAGCUGUGGAAGCCUCCGUAACACCUAGUUGUGGAUUAGACAGAUCACAACGCAGCUACGAAGUACGAAAAUUAGAAAAAGUGUCAAGUGGAUCUGCAACAUCACGUGUUCAGGUGCAUCGUGUGCAUUUUCGAGAGCACAACUUACCACCAAUAAUGAGAAAAGAUGGAACGAAUCGUUCACAGUCAACACCAUUUACACCAUUUCAAAAUAUAGACUGUGCACGUUUAUUGAGACAGUUUCAAGAACAGCAGCAACAAAGAGAUUAUAAUCUUGAUUCAACUCGAUUAUUAUCUGUUCAGCAUCGUUCAAAAUCUGACGCAAAUCAGUCAGUAUCAUCAAGUUCUAAAUUUGUUUUAAAGACUACUGAUCAUCAAUCUGAUCUGACAAAUAACGACGCAAUUAUUAUGGGUAAUAAAGCUAUUAAAAAAGAAUAUAUCAAAGAAUCAACGACAUCAUCAUCAUUAUCAAGUGUUCUUAAUAAUAGAUUUGAUACAUUUAUCAAUCAUACUAGUGAUAAUGUUGAUAAUAAAAUUAUUAAUGAUAUUAAUCCUAAAAGUAACCACAAUUUUCAAAUGAUUGAACAAAAAAUGAUAUCAGAAAUGGAAAAACUAAGACAUAUUUCGUUGUCACCCUUCACUGUUUCAUCAUCUUCAUCAUUAUCGACCAUCGUGCAGCCAUCAGACAAUAUUGCUAAUAUUAUAACAACAAUGACUACAAUACCACAAGAUAACAAUUCCGUACUUGUACGGAACGAAAAAGACAUGAAUCGUUUAAAUGAAGAAUAUAAGACCAUAACCAACUGUGAAUAUUGGUUAAAUAAAGCACGUCAAGCAUGUGAAAAUCAGGCUGAUUUGAAUGUUUUAACUGCCGAUCUUAUAAAACCUGAUGGUCUUUUAGAAACAAUUGCAUCAAGACUUAUCAAACCUAUUGAGUCUACUUCGGAAGCGCCUAUUACUGAUUUUACUCAGAAUAUCCAUGAGCAAUAUUCUCACUACGAUGAUCCAGAAACAAGUGAACUAUUUACAGAAUCUACAGAUAAUGUAGAUGGAAAACCUGUGAAAUUACUUUCCAGUACAACAUCGGACUUAAAUCUUCCGAAGGUCAAUCAGUAUAAUGAAGCUAGCAGACGAGUUGUUAUUGGCUCAGCACGACUACUCAGUCAGAUUUUAUCAGAAAAUCAUUUGCUCAAAAUACUAGAUAAGAAAUUAGUUUCACAAAAGCAUUCUAAUGUUUUGCAUAAAGAUGAGUUUGACAAAGUAGAUAAGUUGAUUAUUCAUAAACAAGAAUGUUCUCCGUGUAACACUUCACCCACCUAUGAUAAUGAUUAUGAAAAAUCAAUUGAUACGAGUGGUACCACAAAAUUAUUAUCUCCCACAGCUUUAUCAUCAACGCAAAAUCCUCUACUGUACAAUGAUAAGUUACCAUCACAUGGGCAUAUAACUAAUUUACUCAAGAAUAUUAUCGGAAAAUGUUGGGAAUACCGUGAAGAUGUAGAUAUCUAUCGUGAAUAUUUGGGAAUCUUAGAACCUUUAUUAAAGCAUACAGAGACAAUGUGUGAUACAGUAGUUGAAAAUGGUGGUCUUCGUAGUUUAAUUUAUGCUUGUCGUUCAAGUGAUCUGCCAUCUUUACGUCAUGCAGCUGUUUGUCUAAUGAGUUUAGCAUUAUUCGGUGGGAGUGGAAGUCAUAGUGAAAUGAUGCGUCAACAUGCGAUUGAAUGGUUAUUUUGUUUAGCAUUUCAUCAAGAUGAAGUAAUAAAAUAUUUUGCAUGUUUAACUAGUGCUGUACUAUCUACUAAUCCCGAAUUGACCGCUGCAGUAAAUGCUUCUUGUACACUCAACCUAGUGAUGCCUUUCGUACGUUCACAUUCACCAAUAGAAUUUGCUCGUCAACAUUUAGUUGCUGCUUUUCAACACACUUGUAAGAAGAACGCAUCCGAUACUUCAGAGUCACAGACAUCUUUUUCUAACAAUCAAUCAGACACUGCAAAUUAUUGCUGUGAAAAUCAGUAUACAGGGGGGUCGGCCGAUUGGUUAAAACGUUUAGUACCAGUUAUGUUCAGUAAACAAUUUGAACCACGUGUUUUGGUUGCUUUUCAUUUUGCUGUUGAAGCGACACUAAAAUCUGAUAUGAAGUGCAGCCAUGCGUUUUACGAAUCUGAUAUCGUAGAAAUCUUGCGUAAUGUUGUCUGUAGUUCAACUUUUCUUGAGUCGAAAUUCGCAGCAAUGGCCCUACAUAUUUUAGGUGAAGACGUCCCUUGUCGAUUGUCAGCCCAAGUACCGUUAUGGGAUUAUGCUGAAGUUGAAUGCUGGUUGACUCGAAGAGGAUUUGAAGAUUUGGCUAGUAAAUUUUCAAAGCUACGUGUUGAUGGUGAUUUAUUACUUAGAUUAGAUGAAUUCAAAUUAGAGAAGGAUUUAGGACUUGAAAAUGGAAUCACGCGAUCUAGGUUAUUACGUGAAUUAUGCUCUUUGAAGAUUAAUGCAGAUUAUUCAGCUGUUGAUCCAACUGGAAUUUCUGCUUGGCUACGUGAGGCUACACGUAUCACUGCUUUAAAUAAUACGAAUACACCAAGAAAUCCAACGACAUCAGAUUAUGUUGUAAUUAAAAAUGAUUUUCAAUGGACAACGGCUUCUACUAAUGCAUCAGAAUAUACCUCGAAAUAUUGUUAUACACAUGAUUUGUCCUGUUUAAAUCAAUCAUUCGAUCUUCUUCAAUAUUCAUAUAACUUUAUUUCAGCUGGUGUACAUUAUCCUUUCUUACCUUAUUUAUCAGAUAAAAUGCUUUUAGAAGAUUGUCACAUUAAAAAUGGAAUACAUCGUAAACGAAUUUUAGAAGCAAUACAAUCUUCCAUAUCAAUACAUAAUCAGUUACGUCUUACAGAUAAUGAUUCCAAAUUAAACGCUUCAAGUCAUCCAAACAAGUAUAUUGAUAUAUUUAUUUCUUACCGUCGUUCUACUGGUUCUCAACUGGCGAGUUUAUUAAAAGUUCAUUUUCAUUUACGUGGCUAUCGAGUAUUUUUAGAUAUUGAUCGUUUAACUGCUGGAAAAUUUCAUGAAUCAUUACUUCAUUCUAUUAGAUCAUCAUAUAAUUUUGUUCUUGUUUUAACACCAAGAGCAUUAGAUAGAUGUUUAAAUGAUAUACAUUGUACAGAUUGGAUACAUAAAGAAGUUGUAUGUGCCUUGGAAAGUGGAUGUAAUAUAAUACCAAUUACUGAUAAUUUUACAUGGCCACCAGCUGAGUCUUUGCCAGAGGAUUUAAGGUCAAUAACAACCUACAAUGCAGUUAAGUUAGCUGGUUAAACCUGAUGCACCCAUAACAAGGUAUUGCUAUAAAACCAUAUAUGGCAAUUAAAUACAGAAUCAAUAAUUCUUUUCAGUUUAUCACAUCUAUAUCGCUCACGGAAAUAAGUCAGAUCAAUUGGAUUCAUGAUUAUCAAGAGGCAUGUAUUGAUAAAGUGGAAAAAUUCAUGAUUAAAUCAAUAACUUCAACUCCUUUACCAUGUAAUCAAAUUAAACCAUUUGAAAAAUAAAUUAUUUCUAAUAUUUUUCAUAUUCACCUUGCUUUGCAUAUUUUUUUGAAUCAUCAUUUCCUUCACUUCCUCUUAUAUUCUUUAUGAUUAAUGACUUAUUUUUCAAAUUUCUAUGUUACUUUUCUGUCCAGAGAAUAUAUACCAGCUUAUUUAAUAAUAAUAUUAAGUUAAAAAAGAGUUUAGAUAUAUAUAUUUAUAAUUUGACUGAAUUAUACUACUUAUAUGCAUUUAAUAUUUUAUUCUGUUUUUUUUCCUUUUCUUAUGAUUAUUAUCAUACAGAAUAAUUUAAUCAACCCAUUUAUACUGAUCUCAUAAUUAUAUUUUAAAAAACUCUAAGAAAGUAAUAAUGAAAGAAACAAAAGAGA